CGCAGGCACCCAGGAUCUUGCCCCAGUGCGUACUAGCAGUAUUAUGUCUCCGUUCACCGACUCCCGCCCAAAAAUUUCCCCUCCAAAAAGUGUCCGCGGGACAAACAGAGCAACAAGACUCGAACCUCACCACUACAUUAGAUCUGGUUAUUUGGGAGAGUGCUCAAGAUUGUUCUUUUUCCUGCAUGCUAUCACUGUGAUUCAGUUCUAUAGACAGGCCGAAAAAUACCCUCUGAUCUGCGUUUACCAUCACUACCCAAUGCAGCGACAGCUGGCCGAUCGGUGGGCUCGCAAGCGUUACUUUGGUUGAUUCGGAGUGAGGAAAACAAACCCAACAUAAAUAGUUACACCAACAAGCAACCAGGGGAUAGCUACAGACAAGCGAGAAACGGCAUACACUCGCAGCAGCUCCCCUCAUCUUCAGGUCGUUGUCCUGAUCCUUCUUGCGGCCACUUAAUCACAACUACAACUACUAUCGUCCACUCCCUUCCAAACUCGACAGUCCGGUCAAAAUGCAUAUAUCCCAGAAACUCGCCCAGGCGCAUGAGAACGGGAAGCCAACCUUCUCGUUCGAAUUCUUCCCGCCCAAGACUGCCCAGGGCGUCCAGAACCUCUACGACCGAAUGGACCGCAUGCAUGAUCUCGGCCCGGCUUUCAUUGACAUUACUUGGGGCGCAGGAGGGAGGCACUCACAAUUGACUUGCGAAAUGGUUAAUGCGGCACAGAGUCAUUAUGGAUUGGAGACUUGCAUGCACCUGACUUGCACGGAUAUGGAACGCACACAAGUGGACGAAGCUCUGCGACUGGCCUACAAAGCGGGCUGCACAAACAUUUUGGCCCUCCGUGGAGACCCACCCCGCGACCAGGAGAAAUGGGAAGCAAAGGAUGCAGGGUUUCGCUAUGCAAAAGAUCUGGUCAGAUAUAUCCGGGCCAGAUAUGGAGACCACUUCGACAUUGGAGUGGCAGGUUAUCCUGAAGGUUGCGACGAUCACCGCGAUGUAGAUCUGCUAAUUGAACAUCUCAAGGAGAAGGUUGACGCUGGAGCAACUUUUGUCGUUACACAGAUGUUUUACGACGUGGACAUCUUUCUGAAUUGGGUGCAAAAGUGCCGCAAUCGUGGAAUCAAUGUCCCCAUCCUUCCGGGGAUUAUGCCAAUCUCCACCUACGCCGCCUUCAUCAGAAGAGCAAAUUGGACCAAAUGCCAUGUCCCUCCGGAGUGGUAUGAGGCAUUGGAACCGGUGAAGAAUGAUGAUGCCGCGGUUCGAGACAUAGGAAAGGAUUUGGUCGCCCAAAUGUGUCGACGCAUCCUUGAUGCCGGGAUCCAUCAUCUUCACUUUUACACAAUGAACCUGGCACAGGCCACACGCAUGAUAUUGGAGGAACUGGCCUUAACUCCUGAAAAGUCUGGAAGGCGGCUGGAGAAACCUCUGCCAUGGCGACAGUCUCUGGGUUUCAACAGACGAGAUGAAACCGUCCGACCGAUCUUCUGGCGGAAUCGCAACACUUCAUAUGUAGCCAGAACCGCUGAUUGGGACGAGUUCCCCAACGGCCGAUGGGGUGACAGUCGAAGUCCUGCUUUUGGUGAGCUAGACGCUUAUGGCGUCGGCCUCAAGGGAACAAAUGAGGCCAACAUGAAACUGUGGGGCAGGCCAAAAUCUCUCCGCGAUGUCACAGCCCUCUUUGUCCGAUACCUUCAGGGUGAGCUGGAAAGAUUGCCCUGGAGCGAAGGCAGCAUUUCAGCAGAGGCUGACACGAUCAAACCCGAUCUGACCGACUUGAAUCAACGAGGCUUACUGACCGUCAAUUCUCAACCAGCAAUUGACGGUGCGCCAUCAUCUCACCCAGUCUACGGAUGGGGUCCCCCUGGUGGCUGGGUCUAUCAGAAGGCUUAUCUCGAGUUGUUGAUCUUUCCGUCCAUCUUCAACACGGUGCUGGAAAGGCUCAACGCGAACAAGAACUUGACCUACUAUGCCGUCAACAAAAAGGGAGAACUUCAUACCAAUACCAAAGAUGAGGGCCCCAAUGCCGUUACAUGGGGCAUCUUCCCCAACAGAGAGAUUGUGCAACCCACCAUCGUUGAGACUGUCUCAUUUUUGGCAUGGAAAGACGAGGCAUUCCGACUAGGACAAGACUGGUCUAGGUGCUAUCCGGCGGGAUCGGGGCCACGAAAACUCAUUGAGAAAAUGAUGGAUGAAUGCUAUCUCGUCAACAUUGUGAACAAUGACUUCCAUCAAACGCAUGAAAUCUUCAGAGUCUUUGACGGGCUCGAGGUGCAAGAUCUCGACGUUGUCUUUGAGGAUUCACCUGCUACGGAGUCGUCGCAAGCGACCACCAAUGGCAAUGGCACCAGAGACGUUCUCAAAGGCGAUGCACCGGUUUCUGAAGUGGAGAAAAGCAUUACAAACGGCGAUGGUCAGAAGGUUCCGUUCCAGACGAAUGGGGUUGCCUUAUCGAACUGAGCAGCAGCGGUCACAACUACCGCCUUUUUCAACGGACCCUGGUGUUUUUUUUUGGAGUUGCACUUUUUCAGAAACGUUCCAUCCCCUUGCGUACAUAUACGAUGAGCAGGGUGAUUAGAGCAACCAGCGUUUUUGGCAAAAAAAGAAACAAAAAGUAUCUCAUUUCAACAUGAUACCCCUGAGGCAUGGAACAAAACAGAUAAGGAUAUUAUGAGGAACGACGUUUAUGAACCUUUCAACAUGGUUACCUGUCAGAAUAUGGCAAAACAUGAUAUGUCGUGCGCAUGCUAUUUGUAUCUAGCGAGGACAGACAGAUGUCUAGAUGGCGACACAGAAGAACUAUCUCCUACUUCG